AUAAUUUUUUUUUGUUGACUGAAAUAAGGACUUUUGCGAAUCAAGACGAGCGAGCAUAGUCUCUCUCUAACACUUCCGAGGAAGGCGAAAUCGAAUCCUAUCGAAUACUCAUCCGACCUCUCUCUCUUUCUCGGUCGUCCGUCACUCGCCCGAUCUUCACCGUCAGAUCCAUAUACUCGCCGGCGAUUCCGAUGCCGCACGUCGUCCGAUCAUUCUCUCUCUUCGCCCUCAUCGUCUUUCUCACCGCCUCGCCGGCAUUCGCUUUCGAUUCCGAUCACAAGUAUCAAUCUGAUGACCCUGUUACGCUUUGGGUAAACAAAGUCGGGCCUUAUAAUAAUCCACAAGAAACAUACAAUUACUAUAGCCUUCCCUUUUGUCAUCCAGAUGGCAAUGCGGGUCACAAGUGGGGAGGGCUUGGUGAGGUCCUGGGUGGGAAUGAACUUAUUGAUAGCCAGAUUGACAUAAAGUUCCAAAAAAAUGUGGAUAAGAGUACCAUUUGCGUACUUGAACUUGAUGAAGCAAAGGUGAAACAAUUCAAAGAUGCUAUUGAAAAUAGUUAUUGGUUUGAAUUUUUCAUUGACGAUCUUCCUUUAUGGGGUUUUGUUGGUGAGCUACAUCCUGAUAAGAACAGUGAUAGCAAUAAGCAUGUGCUUUACACGCAUAAAACUAUUAUUGUUAAAUACAACAAAGAUCAGAUCAUUCAUGUUAAUCUCACUCAAGAAAGCCCAAAACAGUUGGAAGCAGGGAAAACACUAGACUUGACAUAUUCUGUCAAAUGGAUCUCUACUAAUGUCACUUUUGCACGUCGUUUUGAUGUUUACCUUGACUACCCUUUCUUUGAGCAUCAGAUUCAUUGGUUCUCCAUAUUUAAUUCGUUCAUGAUGGUUAUCUUCCUCACUGGUCUGGUUUCGAUGAUAUUAAUGCGAACUCUUAGAAAUGACUAUGCAAAAUAUGCUCGGGAAGAUGAUGAUCUGGAGACUCUGGAAAGAGAUGUGAAUGAAGAGUCUGGUUGGAAACUUGUCCACGGCGAUGUUUUUCGGCCUCCUCGCAGUUUAGUUAUUUUGUCAGCUGUUGUUGGCACUGGUGCUCAGCUUGCGUUACUUGUUCUGAUCGUCAUCUUGUUUGCGAUUGUUGGAAUGUUGUACAUCGGGAGAGGAGCAAUUGUCACAACUUUCAUAGUAUGUUAUGCUUUCACAUCGUUCAUUUCGGGUUAUGUGAGCGGUGGGAUGUACUCUCGCAAUGGGGGUAAAAACUGGAUAAAAUCGAUGAUACUCACCGCGUCACUUUUUCCAUUUAUGUGCUUCGGGAUUGGUUUUCUUUUGAACACAAUCGCUAUAUUCUAUGGCUCUUUGGCAGCUAUUCCCUUUGGCACGAUGGUGGUUGUUUUUAUCAUUUGGGCUUUCAUAUCAUUCCCUUUGGCACUUCUUGGUACAGUUGUUGGAAGAAAUUGGAGUGGUGGUCCAAACAACCCAUGCCGGGUUAAGACCAUUCCUCGUCCGAUCCCGGAGAAGAAGUGGUACCUUACACCAUCUGUCGUGUCAAUGAUGGGGGGAUUGCUACCCUUUGGCAGCAUAUUUAUUGAAAUGUAUUUUGUCUUCACAUCCUUUUGGAAUUACAAGGUUUACUAUGUCUAUGGUUUUAUGCUCUUGGUGUUUUUGAUUCUCAUAAUUGUUACGGUUUGUGUGACAAUUGUGGGGACAUAUUUCUUGCUAAAUGCCGAGAACUAUCACUGGCAGUGGACUUCAUUCUUCUCUGCUGCCUCAACUGCUGUCUAUGUGUACUUGUAUUCAAUAUAUUACUACUAUGUGAAGACGAAGAUGUCAGGCUUCUUCCAGACCAGCUUCUAUUUUGGAUACACUCUGAUGUUUUGUCUUGGCUUAGGAAUCCUCUGUGGGGCUGUUGGUUACUUGGGAUCUAAUCUAUUUGUGCGGAGGAUCUACCGAAACAUCAAGUGUGACUAGGACUUGCCGAAGAAAGAAAAACCUGAUGGUGCUUCCUCAAGCGUUUUGAUUAUUGAGAACACAUUUUGAGGGGGGUUCAAUGUUUGUUGACUUGUAGAUGGAAAUCACGUAGUUUGAGAAUGGUGUGCAACUCUCCUGGACAGGAGGAAGCCCUGAGAUUUUUUUUUUUUCCCGGACUUUGUAAGUGAAAGCCGCCUUUACUUUAUUUAGAAUGGGUAGAUUGUUUUUAUAAUCAGAUUCACUUGUCAUGUAGUUAUUUACCUCUUCUUCCCCCCACAUUGAAUGUCACCUUAGACUGCGUUAAAUAUAUUUUUUUCUCGAUAUUAUUAUGCUA